GAGGGAGGACAUGUUUGCUAUGUUUCGAGGAGGAGCCUGCAGCUUGACUUCCAGUAGCUGUGACUGGCCGCCGCCUUCUCUCUGCCUCUUCCCCCACCCAUCAACCAUCCAUCCUCCUCCUCCUCCUCCUCCUCUUCCUCAGCAGCUACUGCAGCAGCAGCAUCGCGGUGCCUCCCGGAUCCAUGAAGAACUCCCUCCCGCACGGCUCCCUCCCCGCCGCGAUGGGCCGCAAGCCUUCCACUGCGUUGCUGUGUUGAUAUCGAGAUAUUCCACUUAUUCAAAUAUGAAUCAUGCAUUUGAUAUUUCUGGCCACUUUGCUCGUCAGCGUCCUCUCGCCCUGGCUUCAUCCAUCUCUAGCGUCAUCCGUUUCUCAAGGAGUAGAGGACAAGGUUGAGAGGCAUGCGGUGCCAGUGCUGCUGAAGCAACAGGCGACUGCAGCACCUGCCACAGACAACACAACCCACCAUGCAGCAGAGCAUGAGAUCACCUACCCCUCGCGGCUGAUCUACUACCUGAACGAGGACUCGGAGAGCACCUACCAUGACCUGGACACGCGAGUCCAGAGCCAGGCCGUGGAGGGCCAGGCAGUCCACCUUGCCCAGGCCAGUUUCCAGUUAGAGGCGUUUGGCUCCAGAUUUGUCCUGGAUCUAAAGUUGAACAACGGCUUGCUGUCUUCAGAUUAUGUUGAGAUCCAUUAUGAAGGGGGCAAACCUGUUCUAUCAAAGGGCGGUGAGCACUGUUACUACCACGGCCAGUUGAGAGGGAACGAUAACUCCCACGUGGCCUUAUCUACCUGCAACGGGCUGCACGGGAUGUUUGACGAUGGAGUCUAUGUGUAUCUAAUUGAGCCCAUAGAACAGACUCAUUCGAUCGAUACAGCUGCAAGGGCUCACAGUUUAAGAAGAGCAGCCUCCCUUCACUGGAACAAUGAUCGAGAGGAGCAGGAUGAGGAGGGGCAGCUCUUCUCGGUGCUCGAUGACUUGUCCUGGCUGAAGCGCAGGAAAAAGCGAGCUAUGCCUCGCAGUGUGUUUGAGGAGAUCAAAUAUUUAGAGAUCAUGAUUGUCAGUGACCACAGUAUGUAUAAACGACACAAGACCAAGCAGCACACGAGGAAUUUUGCCAAGUCUGUGGUGAAUCUUGUGGAUGCUAUCUUCAAAGAGCAGCUACAUACACGUGUGGUGCUCGUUGCCGUGGAGAUCUGGACCGACAAGGAUCAGAUCCCCAUCAGCGUGAGGCCGCUGGAAAUGCUGCGGGAUUUCUCCAAGUACCGGCAGCAGAGCAUCAAGCAUCACGCAGACGCUGUGCACCUUUUCUCAAAUGUGACUUUCCACUAUCGCAGAAGCAGCGCGGCGUACUUCGGGGGCACGUGCUCUAUGAGCCGUGGGGUCGGCGUCAAUGAGUACGGCACCACCGUGUCCAUGGCAGUGUCUCUGUGCCAGAGCCUGGCGCAGAAUCUGGGCAUCCAGUGGGACCCAGCAUCCAGGAGAAAGGAAUGUGGUUGUGCUGACACGUGGACGGGCUGCAUAAUGGAGGAUACUGGUGUCCAACGACCACGGAAAUUCUCCAAAUGCAGCAUCUCGGACUACAAGGAGUUCCUCUUGAAAGGUGGAGGCUCUUGUCUGUUUAACAGGCCGACCAAGCUGUUCGAGACAACAGAGUGUGGGAAUGGAUUUGUCGAGGUGGGAGAGGAGUGUGACUGCGGAGGGAGAGCGGAGUGCUACAAGGAAUGCUGCAAGAAGUGUUCCCUCUCCAACGGGGCGCACUGCAGCGACGGCCCCUGCUGCAAUAACACAUGUCUGUUCUAUCCACGAGGUUACAGUUGCCGCUACGCUGUGAACGACUGUGAUAUCUCAGAGACCUGCUCUGGAGACUCUGGACAGUGCCCUCCCAACCUACAUAAACAGGAUGGUUACCUCUGCCAGGUCAACCAGGGUCGCUGCUACAAUGGAGAGUGCAAGACCAGAGAGAACCAGUGUAAAUACAUCUGGGGGUCAAAGGCCGGAGGCUCCGAGAAGUUCUGCUACGAGAAGCUCAACACGGAGGGCACAGAGAAGGGCAACUGUGGGAAAGAUGGAGAGAAAUGGACCCAGUGUAGUAAACAUGACGUGUUCUGCGGUUACCUUUUGUGUACGAACAUUGGCCGCAACCCACGCAUCGGAAUGAUGAAAGGGGAAUUAACCACCAUUUUCUUUACCCAGAAACAUGGGCAGAUAGAUUGCAGUGGGGGCCACGUCCUUUUGGACGAUGAUACUGAUUUAGGCUACGUGGAGGAUGGGUCUCCCUGUGGGCCGUCAAUGAUGUGCCUUGACCACAAGUGUCUGCCCAUCCAGUCACUCAACAUGAGCACCUGCCCCAGUGGACCUAAUGGACAGGUGUGCUCUGCCCAUGGGAAAUGUGAAGAAACGGCGGUACGACCCCAACGCCUCAGCCAUUUAACCCAGGGAGAGAUGGCAAUCACAGACGGACUCCUCCAAGGCUUCCUUAGUUGGCUACCUGACAGCUGGACUGCACUUACUGCUGCUGAUCUUUGGCAUUAGAUUUACUUGAACCAGACAUAGUGGACAUUUUAACAAAUUCCAUCGUAGUGACAUAAGAAACGCAGCCUUUUUCGACAUCACCUCACUCAUGUAACGACCCCACCCGCCCACCCACUCACCCUGAUCUGACAGAGCUCCUCUUUAAUCCUUUUAGUGCCAGUGCACAGGCGUUCAGGCGGAAUCCACACCACUCUCUCACCUGGCAUGACUAUCCGCACAAAGCGUGCUGCUUGCUGGCCCCCCCGGCAUGAAGAGUCCUCUUUACAGGGCUCUGCAUGGCUACGAAAGCUAUGAAUAUACCGCAAAAAAACCCAACAAAAAAACAUACAAAGAGAAAAAAAUCCAACAGAGGAGAUAGCCUCGUUAAAAAACAAACUCAGUGGAAAGCUGGUCGAAGCUCCUAUAGUUCACUUUUAGGUGCUGUAGAUGAAUAAAGGAGGCUGCAUGUGAGGACCUACAAGGGCAGUGCAGACCACAUAGUGAAUGCACACCCACACACACACAAUUGUACAUAAAUAAGGAGUUCAGGUUUGGAAUUAUCAGCAUAUUUUCAAAGGACAUCAAUUGCUUCUGUUUUUAUCUUAGCAUGUUGUAUAGCGGGUGUUUUUGGCAAUGUUACGGGAAAAAAAGGAAAAAGAAAAAAACUGCACUUAUGAUUUGGGCCUAAAGUUUUCGCCGCACGCUGCACAGCCGGCUGGGAUUGUCGGGGCUGAGGUCAAAGGUCAGAUCACACCUCAGCGGACAAAGCGGCUGUGGUGUCGAGGAGAAGCAUGUCAGUUCUAGAGGGAUUCGGACUGAGAUCGCAAUCACGAGAUCCCCCCCCCCCCCCCUCGAGUAUCUUCAACAGUGACUCAAAAGCCAAAGAUCCAAUCACCUGAACAUAUGGAUGUUGUUGCACACAGAGCACUUUCCCCUCUCUGUCUGCAGCCAGCGGUGCCUCUCCUACUGCUGAGGGCAUGAAGUCUUUCCACGCAGGCACUCACCUGUCCAGCCAGGUCUUACUUAACAGUCCUCAUCAACACCCACUAUACUGGCUUAGCCUUUCGCUCUCAUUACCUCUUAAUAGAAGAUCAAGAUCCGCUCUACUGGUAACGCUGCAUGCAAUCACUAUAGUGGGCUUAUAAUUCUAUAUGGGAGUCCCCAAAAUCUGCAACAAAAAUAUGCUACAAAAAGGUAGGUGCAUGUCAACAACAGAAAACAUUUAACUUUUAUUUACUAUGCAAAGAGAGAUAUUGCACAAAAAGUAUGGGUAAUAAUGAUAUCGAUGUAGACAUGGAAUUACAAGAAAACGUCUGCUUAUCAGCUACUAUCUUUUGUAUCUGGCCACUCCUACACGUCUUGUUUUAUUUCGCUUCAACGUACUCAAAUUACGAAUGGAGAAAUAACAUUAAGAAAACAACAACACUGGAUUAAUAUUUCAAAUGAUAAACAUGAGAGCACCCUUUUACAUUUGUGGGACUGAAAAAUCAUUUUUGUGUGUUUUUCAUUGAGUCUGAUGUUUUUAAUCACACACGUGUACACACACACACACACAACACACUGUAUGGUGCCUGUACAUAUCGAGGCCUGAACAGUUUCCUUGUGCAGGGCUAUUAUUUCCCGUCCAGCUGAUAGUUGGUGUGUUCCAGGUGCUGCCAUAGCACUGGCAUCGUUGUAAUCCUCCAUGUUACUCAUCGUCUGGUGUCCCUCUCUCACUGCAUCAUGUACAGUUGGACCGAUGAAUAAACGACUGACAAAUUUUA